CCAGCGGCUCGGCGGCGGGGGAGCGCCCUCUCCCGCGCCCUCGCCGUCUCCCGCGCCCGCCAGCGGCGCGCACGGGGCCAUUUGCAGCGCAGGCAGCCUCGAGAGCGGCCGCGGCGCCACGGCGGGGAGCGAGGCGGCACCAUGGAGCUGAAGAAGGACAGCAACGCCGUGUCCAUCGACAUGCUGCUGAUCGUGCACUCGGAGAAGCGGCGCGCCGCGCAGGGCACGCGCUCGGACCGGCAGGCGGACCCCGGCGCGCUGCCGCAGCGCAGAGGAGGACUCCAGGGCGUCGGAAACGGAAUCCGGAGAUGGCAGAAAUUCGAAGGAAGUGACGUGCAUGGAAGCCUGGCGGAGAAAGAGCAUCCUCAGCAGACCCAGGUCAUCACUUCCUACGACAACCAAGGGACACAGCUGACUGUGGAGGUCCACCCCCGAGAUGCCAUGCCCCAGCUGCUCAAGAAGUUCUCCUUGGCUAAACGUUUACAAGGUGAGAAAAAUGGAAACACAAGACCCCGGCAGCCUGGAGCAAAAGAUGCCCAUGCCUACCCCUGGGAUCGGUCCAGCCUGAAAUCCAUGCCCCUGGACCUGCGGCAGUUUGAGAAACUGGACACCUAUGCCUCACAGGUGACAGUCAACAGUGGCCUGGAUGAGCUGGUGAGCGACCUGCUCCAGGAGGCCCACAGUGACCUGGAGAGGGUCCGCGUGAUCUGGAUCUGGAUCUGCCACCACAUAGAGUACGACAUCGAGGCUGCCCAGGAGAAGGACUGCCAGGCCUUCAAGCCCACCGACAUCCUACGGACCCGGAAGACCAACUGUGACGGCUACGCUGGACUCUUUGAGAAAAUGUGCAGGAUCGCCGGCGUGCAGUGCAUGACUGUGCCUGGCUACUCCAAGGGCUUUGGCUACCAGACGGGGCAGAGCUUCUCGGGGGACUUUGACCACGCCUGGAAUGCCGUGUACCUGGAGGGGAGAUGGCACCUGGUGGACAGCACCUGGGGCAGUGGCCUGGUGGAUUCUACCACCUCCAAAUUCACCUUCCUCUACAAUGAAUUCUACUUCCUCACCCAUCCCGCACUGUUCAUCGAGGACCAUUUCCCAGACAACAAGAACUGGCAACUGCUAAAACCUCCUCAAUCUCUGAAGCAGUUUGAGAACAACAUGUAUCACAAGAGUGAAUUCUACAACAAGGGAAUGCUGAGUGCCCACCCAGAGACUUCUGUGAUCAAAACAGUGAACGGGAAAGCCACCAUCACCAUCGAGAGCUGUGCCCCAACGCUCUUCAUGUUUAUGCUCAAUGGCAAGCAGGAGCAUGGGCUGCUGAGCCUCAGGAAGAACGGGAUGAAGCUGGACAUAUACCCUCCGACGGUGGGCACGCACAAGCUGCAGAUCUUUGCCAAAGGCAGCUCCGACGUCUACAGCUCCGUGCUCGAGUACACGCUCAAGUGCAACUACGUGGACAUCAGUGUCCGGCUGCCGGCCGAGCUGCACCAGCCCGUGGGCCCCAGCUGGUUCUCGGAGCAGAUGGGCAUCGUGAAGCCCUCCCACCCCGACCCCAUCAUCCACACCGGCGACGGGCGCUGCUCGGUCAGCUUCGGCGUGGAGGAGGGCAUCAGCGUCCUGGCUUCCCUGCAUGGGGACGAGGGCCCCGUCACCGAGGAGACGCAGCGGCGCUACAUCUUCCAGGUGCAGCGGCAGAAGCGGGCAGAGCUGAAGGUCCAGCUGCCCCGGGCCGGCAAGUUCGCCCUCAAGAUCUUUGUCAAGAAGAGGCUGGAGCCGGGCAACUACGUCUUCGUCUUCAAUUAUCUGCUGUGUUGCACCAACACCAAGGUGAACUGGCCCAUGUUCCCCGAGAGCUUUGGCAACUGGGGGCAGGACAAUGAGUUGCUGGAGCCUCUGUCGGGCGUGCUUCCUGCCAACCGGAACGUCCCGUUCAAACUGAAGCUCCACGGCGUCGCCAAAGCCCUGGUGAAGGGGCAGGACACGUGGCCCCUGACCCUGACUAGGGAGGGCUACUGGGAGGGCAGCUGCAGCACGGCUGGCUGCCGCGAGAUCUACGUCAUGGUGCUGGAGAACGCCAACCACAGCUUCUACUCCUACAUCCUGAAGUACAAAGUGAACGCCCAGUGAGGCCCGGCGGCCCCCGGCCACCCCCGCCCAGAGGGCCGAGGCCAGACUUGCCCAGGGAGGGCCCUGGACACCACCAAGUCUGCACGCAGUCUCUUGGAGGCCUCUGCCUCGCUCUCUGCUCGCCACGGAGGCGAGGGUGUCGGCGUUCCCAUGGCUUCACCCGGUUGUGGCCGUGGCCCAGGGGACUGAGGCAGAGGCCCUGUAGAAGACAAAGGUGCUAUGUAAAUCCAAGGUAUUGUAAAGGGUACACCACUGCCCAGACGCCCCCUUCGCGUAGGAAUGCUCUUGUUGUCUUUAUAGGGCUGAUGCGGGAAAGCAGGGAGGUUGCCCAGACAGAAAGCUUUUGCACGUGAUGAUGAGAGAAUUCUCCUCCGUGCCCAGGAGGGACCUGAUCUGCAAGGCUGAGUCAUCCUGAAUCACAGAGCCCGUUUCGGAUAGCCUCAGUGUUUCUCACCAAUUCCUGGACCCCAGGGACGGUCGGCCUACCAUUAUUUCCCCCAGACCUGACCAUCUGCAUUCCUGCUGCCCCUCGCUCUUCAAGAGCCCUAAAAAAGAGAAGGUGUGACGAGGAAGCUGACCAGCCCGCACCCGGCCCGAGGCCCCACGGUCCCCGGACACAAUGGCCAUGUGGCAAUAGGAAGGUCACGAGGAGGCUCCCAGGGCCCGCUCUUGGGUGCCCUGGGGGGAGGGCCAGAGGGCGGGGGACAACACAGCAGCCCUGCCACCUGAGUCUGAGGCUGUGAGGCCUCCGACUCCGUGCUCCCGACGGGCCCACAGGCCAGUUCAGUCUAGGGAGUCGCUGGCCCUCCAGGCCCUCUCAGAGCCCGGGCUUCAGGCCCCAGCCUGCACUUUCACGGGGAGCUUCAGGAGGCUGCUAGGCCCUGGGGCGGCGGGGGGGGGGGCCUUGGUGAUAGCCCUAAAGACCCAGGCAGGGAGGCCGGGCAGGGAGGAGUGCAAACACCGUAGUGCCGAGAAGACUCAUGAAAUAACAGGGCUCUGCCAGCCCCCAAGGCUCCCUACCAGCAAAGCCCACACAGGGGAACCUCCACCCGCUCCGGGAGCCGCUUCUGUGCUUGUCCACAUCCCAUCUCCCUUCCUGCCUGUCUCUGACAUGAGAGACCCCUGGGGUCCUGCCGUCCACGCCAGCUCCAGCCCUAGGAGCCUUAGCAGCACCUCAGGCCCGUGUUGCCAUGGCAACAGCAGCAAGCCUGGCUCCUUCCUACAAGGGCAGCCCAGAGGGAAGGAGGGAGAGGCCCUGCGUGGCCACUGCAGCCCCGUCCCAGCACAAGGAACCCCUGUAGGGGCUCCCCGCCUCCUGGCUGCUCCACUCUGGGGCCCCUCCCGUCUCCGCGCCCUCACCCCGAGAGCGGGCAGUGGCCCAGCACCCCCCCCAACUACUGUUCUAAAUGUCCUCAGGUUCAGCGACAGCCAGGCCAGCUGGAUGCUCACGCCUCCUCUGCCUUCAUCCUCACAUUUGUGUAUUCGGCAAAUGUUCACGGGGCACUUACUUAGCACAGGGCUCCGUGCUCGAUGCCGGGGUUAUGGAGGGAACCAGGGGGUCCCGCCCCUGCCAUCUCAGAGCUCAGGGUGGGCAGCAGCAGCCGCCCUCAAACAGGCCUGCCUAAAGUUCCAGGCUCCCAACACUUCAGUCCCGCAUCUCCCCAAAGGUCCCUGGUGCCCCCCAGCUUGGACCUGGCCCAGAGCCAUGUGACAGGGGUGCCCAGGCUGGGGGCCUGGAACACCAGGGCAGAACAUCAUGGGGGGUCUGGGCUCUCGCCUGGACUGUGUCUUGUGCCCUCUGGCAGGCUCUGCCCCCCAAGCCUUUGGCACAGUUGACACGCAUGCCUGGAAAAUGCACGAAGCCCCCAGAGGCGGAACCGCUGUGCACUAACUACGACAGGAAAACAAGGGGAGUUCUUACACCCCGAAAACAGCCUUUUUUCAUACCUUUGAUUUUAUGGGCUGAAAGAAAGGUGCUGUGUUUUAUCCAAAUAGUAAGUGCCUUCUAUGACUCACGUCACUCCCUGGACCCAGAGCCAUGGCUAGCCCCGAUGAGAACGUGUAUCUUUUUAAAAAUAAUAUAACUAAUCAGUACAUUCUGGAGCAGGCAGAGGAUGCCACCCCCCCCAGUCCCCCCCCACCCCCGGCACAGUAGGAGUUGCCCAGGAACCAAGCCCAGGCCCCAGCUGCAGAGCAACCGCGCGCCCCUCCCUCUGCGUUAACCAGACCCCCGCUUCGUAAAGACAGCUGUAGGCACAGUCAGAAAUCACCUGUAUUUCUUUCCACUGAAGUAAAAAUACAUGAAAUGAAAUCCAAUCUUCAUGAAUUUUUACACGCAUGCUGCUCAGGGUAGAAUUCAGGGUUGCAUUCCGAAGCCUUUUAUUCAAAUCCCCAUCUUUGUUUCCUGGUGCUGGAGUCCCCGCGACCGGUGGAAUGGCUCGGGCGCCCCCUGGUGCCCAGAACGCGGAGCUGCCGGCGAGCAGCACUGCGCGGCCAAGUCGCUCGCCAGGGUUUUUUACGCAGAAUCUGAAAUAUCUGCUGAGAUGUUUAUGUUCAGUUCCCUGGGUGCUUCCUCGUGCGCACACGGAGCACGUCUCUGCCACGCGCAAGCUGUGAGGCGAGCUUGGGGACUGCCUGGCCGGGCGAGAAGACACGGCAUGUAAUACUGGGGAGUCUUUUGCCGGGAAAUCGCGCCUUGAAACGGAAACACUGGAUAUGGGACUGGAAGGGACAGCUCUGACCGCACUCGUCACUACGCCGGUGAAGGACCGAGACUGAUCACACUCAGGGCUUUGGCUGGCAAGUCCUGGGGUGGCAGCCCUCAGGCCACAGGCAGAAGGGUGCAGAAGGUCGGGGAGGGUGCCGGAGUGGGGGGCAAAUGGGCUACAACCACAACUGCGAUGAACUCCUUUCAGCUUGUUUCCGACGCGCCAGCCGCACAGCUGGACUCCGUUUCAAUCUGAUUAUGAUCAUUGUGAGUUCCCCAUAUGCUGCAUUGUCCCACCAGGACAGACUCCUCAUGGCCUGCUGAGAUUAAAAGGACAUAAAUAGAUUAACUGAAGCAUGAAGGAAUUAGGCUAGACAUAAAGAACUAUUUCCUGUUUUUAAGCAGGAGGGGCAAGGUGCCAAGAAAGUUUGUGAAAUCCUCUUCUCAAAGGACUUGAAAUGUAGAAACGUUUCCCCGGUGGUCUGGGUUUGAGAUGCUAUGCUAACUGGAAGGAUAAAUUCUCUCUAAACCAGUUCAUCCUUGAAGUACACUAGAUCGCCCCCAGCAAACAUGAGGUGAACAGUGUUGCCACAUCCUUUGCUGUUAACAGUGUAUUCAGAGGUGAUGUGCAUCUGUGUCCCGCAUCAGUUUUAUCUGGGGUCUAUCAUUUCUUUUCAUUUGGAACAAGUAGCUGGAAAUCUUAAGAGGUGAUUACUUUUCAUAACGUGUGUGUUGAGUUGUGUGGGCCAGUGGCUGUUGAGUAUGCUUUCCGCACAUUGUUGCUGGUGUUGUUUUUCAAUAAAAUUUAUAUUCAUUUUUAUCCAACAA